AUGUUUCGUUCCCUUUUUGCUCCUCCACUACCACCACCACCACCUCCUCCUCCUCCUCCUCAAUGGAAAUAUGAUGUCUUCGUGAGUUUCCGAGGCAAGGACCUGAGGAGAAACUUCAUGUCACACCUCUUCUCCGCUUUGAAGCAGGCCUCCAUCCGAUGCUUCAGAGACAACGCGAGGGAAGACAUUGGAGAAGAAAUCAAAUCCAAGCUUUUAAAAGCGAUUCGGCAUGCGAGAUUUGCCCUAAUAAUGUUCUCCAGGAACUAUGCCGACUCCAAGUGGUGCAUGAACGAGCUGGUCGGGAUUUUGGAGUGCAAGAGGAGGUACGAAAACCAUGGUCACCUGGCUGUUCCCAUCUUCUUCGAUGUAAAACCAGAAGACAUUUCAAAGUUAACGAGCGGAAGCGAAUUCGCUCAAGGCUUUGAGAGAUUGCGUGGAAACGAGAAAGAUGAUGGGCAGAUACAGAAAUGGAGGGAUGCCCUGAGGGAGACUAAGGAUUUGAGGUAA